UGCUAAAAUCUAGAAAACCAAACAGUAUAUUGAAAUGACGUCUCUACCCUUCUAUCCCUGAAAAAUUCCAUCUUUAUCCAUGCAGAUUCACUCCAUCUCCAUCUUCGAAACUCCAGAUACCAGCAAUACUUAGAUCUGUUAGAACUCGGAAAUUUUGAACAGCUUCCUUGAUCUCCCAUCACCGCAGGCGAUAUACUUAGUUUGUCAGCUUUACUUGCUGUCUCAUCUUUUUGGUAGCUGAGAAAAUUUCGGAGGAGAUACUAAUUCUCUUGUUCAUUUAUUUUCUGGUAUGGGGAUGAGUGGGUCUGGCCUGUUGUGGAUGGGAAGAGCGCUGAUUCUUCUGCAGCUUUUUAAUGGGGUUCUGGGUUGGGGAAAGGAAGGCCACUAUGUUGUUUGCAAGAUAGCAGAGGGAUAUCUCACUGAAGAUGCCUUGGCUGCUAUGAAAGAAUUGCUUCCAGAUUCUGCUGAAGGUGAUCUUGCAAACGUUUGCUCCUGGCCUGAUGAGAUUCGACACAACUUCCACUGGCGCUGGACUAGCCCUUUACACUAUGUUGACACACCAGAUUUUACGUGUAACUAUGAAUACUGCAGAGACUGCCAUGACUCGGGUGGACAUAUGGAUAGAUGUGUAACUGGAGCAAUCUUCAACUAUACAAUGCAACUCAAAUCUUUUUAUCUGGAUUCUGUUUCAGAGGCAAAAUACAAUUUAACAGAGGCCCUUCUCUUUUUAUCACAUUAUAUUGCUGAUGUGCAUCAGCCUCUGCAUGUUGGUUUCACUGGAGAUCAAGGGGGGAACACAGUAACAGUUCGUUGGUUCCACCGGAAAACAAACCUACACCAUGUAUGGGAUACCAUGAUUAUUGAAUCUGCCCUGAAGACUUUUUAUGAUUCAGAUAUAGCAGUCAUGAUUAAAUCCAUUCAAAGGAGUAUUAUGGAUGGUAGGUCCAAUGACAAAUCCUCUUGGGAAUAUUGUGAAUAUAAUCAAACAGUCUGUCCCAACCCGUAUGCUUCUGAAAGCGUUAGUUUGGCAUGCAAGUUUGCAUACAGGAAUGCUACACCAGGAACCACUUUGGGAGAUGAUUAUUUCCUUUCUCGGUUGCCUAUUGUGGAGAAGAGGCUUGCUCAAAGUGGAAUUCGCUUAGCUGCUACUCUCAACCGAAUAUUCAUACCUCAAAUUAAAAUUGCUGAAGCAUGAAGAUACAGGAAUGUAGAGAAGUGUCCACUACACAAUUGUAUAUAGCUUAAAGUUCUCCAUGCAGGAGAACUCAUGUACAUUAUUAAUUAUCCUUCUUCUUAUUGUCAACCUGUUACAGGACCAGCGAAAGAAAGUGUACUUUAAGAUUACCUUCUUAUCGAUUCCUCUUGAGUUGGAAGUGUAACACAUAUUUGAGAAUAUGCCCAUCUUGCUUGUAAGUGUGGUCAACUUUUAAGGCAUGUAUUAUUUAUGUAUAAAUUGCAAAUUCCUUA